GGUCCCUCCUUUCUCUCCCGCCUCUCCACACGCCUCCCCCCGGAGUCGCCCAGGCGCCUCCUCCGCUCCCUCCCUCCCUCGGUCGCCGCCGCUGUGAGUCACGACGACGGAGGGGGGAAGAGGAGGAGGAGGAGAAGCCCAGCCAAACCGAGGCAGGGGCGGCUGCUUCCACAUACGCACACACCCAGACCCACACGACGCUCCCAGGGGCCGCUUCUCCUCAAGACCUCCGCCCCUUCCGCGCGGCCGCUCCGUCUCGUCCUCUCGACCCUUUCCUGAGGAGAAACGGUCCGAGCGCCUGCCUGCCUGCCUCCCUCCCUCCCUCCGAAGGGGAAAAGGGAGAGGUGGUGGGGGAGGAGUCCUUCCUUUCCAUUUCCCUCAAGACCGAGGCGGCGGCGGCGGCCACGACGCCGCCUCUCCUCGCCUCCCUCAGCGUGGGGUUUUGUGGCGUUUCCGAGCUGUGAUUUAACAGAUUAGAGCUGAGUGUUCCAGUAAGAUUUCUUCACGGGACAGAGUCAGGAGGUGCCCCGCAUGUUUUCUCCAAGGCCUACGGUGAAUCUCUGAUUUCUUUUGUCUGGCCAUUAUUCACUGAACUUUCUCACAGCCUGAGGUUCCUAGGCAGGCAGGAGUCUCAGGAACUGGGAAGAGGGGAAUGAACCGUGAGGGCGUCCCCGGGAAAAGUCCGGAGGAGAUGUACAUUCAGCAAAAAGUGAGGGUCCUCCUUAUGCUUCGGAAGAUGGGAUCAAAUUUAACCACCAGCGAAGAGGAGUUCUUGCGGACAUAUGCCGGGGUCGUGAAUAGUCAGCUUAGCCAGCUUCCUCAGCAUUCUAUUGAUCAGGGUGCUGAGGAUGGGGUGAUGGCGUUUUCCAGAUCGGAGACCGAAGACCGAAGGCAGUAACGUGGAAGUGCUGUUUGAGCAAUGUGGAGCUGGCGCAGGGGGAAGAUAAGGCUCGUGACGAUCAGAGAGGAUGGCUGGACACUCCCGAGUCCUUUUGCCCUCCUCUGAAAUUUGUCUUGUCCUGUGAUAGCACCCCUUGUGCCCUCCGUUCAGUUUCCCUGCUCCUCGGCCCCCUUUGCGGGCAGCCUGCCCCCUCUGGUUGGCUCCACGGGGCUGCGUUAAUCCAGGACAAAGCCAAGAAAACAUCUGGAAUCGGCUCCCGCUCCCACACCCCAAGAAAGGAAGAACUCUGAAUGGCUCCCCAAUGGCUUGAUUUUCAGUUUUGUAUUUUUAAGAGUGAUUGCUGACGUGCGGCUUCGGAAAGGCCUUCAGACUCUGGUGCUUCUUUAGGUCAUGCUUCUGUGUGCGUUUUUGGAGAGGGGCUUGCCGGUGUGAAACUGGACAGGGACUGCUGUUUGCCAGAUGAGCAGCUUUCAGGUGUUUCACUGACGUCCCUGUUUCCUUGGCUAAAAACUGGGGAGGGCGGGUUGAGGGGAACGGAAGGGUUUAGUCGUUGCGUUACAGUUUAUUGUCAUGGCGGGAGGGGGAGAUGCUUUGUCAUAUUUAUUAUAUGUUUGCUUGCCUCUUUUUCCCCCCUUUGUUUUCUUUAAAGAAAAGUGGCUUAAUUGUUGACUUUUGAUGGACUCAAUCAGAGUCGAUCAGGCCGUGGAUGCUUCCACGUAAGCCUUCUGCUUCUGUUCCCUUCAGCUCCCCUUUGAGGAACUGAUGCUCAAAAGCAUGUUGUUGUUGUUGUUUUCUUUCUCAAGUCUGUCUGGGCAGGAAGGAGGGAGCCAGAAGGGUCCUGCUGCUUUGCAUUGAAGGGUUGCAGUGGAUCUCUGACAAAAGGGAGGGGUUUGUGACUUCUUUGCCUCUUGCAGAAGGCCUGUCCUCGCAGUGUAGGGAUUACAUCCCCCCCCCAUGUGUGAUGUGCAAAAGCUCUAACCAGCAUAGAUGGGAGGGGUGGGUGGGCAUCAGCCAUUGGGUAGAAUUGGUCUAAUGUCUGCACUGAUUAGUGAAGUGUGUUGAUUCUCAAGGCAUGUUUACCUGGGGCUGCCGAUUCCUUUGGAGAUGGUGUGUCUAUGCCAGAUAUGCUGUGAUUGCACAUCUUGGUUCACAGUUUGGCUGAGUCAUGUUGCGAUUCUUUACAUGUUCUGACUCUCCAGAAGCCUGUACAUUAUGAUCUUAACAUUUCAUGUGCCGUGUGUGCAUCUAUGUGUUUCUUUCUCCGACAUGCACCAUGAAUUUCCACAGUACUUCCCAGAAGGCUCCUAGGUAGAUUGCACUAAUAAAAUAUUCUCUAAAAAUAUUGAA